AUGGAAGAGGGAAAGAAUGCGAAUCCGCUGGUCCUUAACCCGUCAGAUCUUCCAACCCGAAAACGGCGAGCAUCAGCCCGAGAUGACCAUACUGUCGGCCACUCGACCUUUGCGUAUCCCGCGCCAUCUUUUGCCGUCGACCCUUUCACACGUUCGGCCAGUCCGUCCUCUCUCGACCCGAGUGACAGCGACGCCGAAGAAGAGCCUAUUGAUGCCCAGGAGAUUUACGACUUAGUAGCCACCAUGUCUGACCCUGAACACCCUAUUACUCUAGGCUCCUUAGCCGUCGUUUCCCUGCCCGACAUUUCCAUCAAGCCCACCAUUCCGAACCGUCCGAAUUCAAAUCUCCAGACAGUCACGGUCUUGAUCACUCCUACAAUCCAACACUGCAGUUUGGCCACCGUAAUAGGACUGGGAGUGCGGGUCCGGCUGGAAGAGUCGCUCCCUCCCAGAUUUAGGGUUGACGUUAGGAUCAAAGAGGGUACACAUUCAACCGCCGAUGAAGUAAACAAACAAUUAGCAGACAAAGAGAGAGUGGCUGCGGCUUUGUGGAACCCUACAUUGCAGAGUUUCAUCAAGAAAAUGCUCGAGACUUGUGAAUGA